AUGUCUCUCCUCUUCGGUUUCCCCACCCACUACCACCGGCGCUACGCCGCGCCGGCCUUCUCGCCCUUCCACGCGCUCCUCCGCGACGCCGACCUCUUCGACCGCGGCGCCCUCGCGGACACAUUCUUCGCGCCCGCGUGCGCCGCGCGCUCGCAGCGGGCUCCGCGCACCCGCCGCACCCCCUGCCACGCUCCCGCGGAGCCCCAGCCGCAGCCGGAGCCCGCCGAGCCCGCGCCCGAGAAGCCCGCGGAGGAGCCCGAGGGGAUGGUGACGGACGCGAACGACGACGGCGCCGCGGACUGCUCGCCGCGGGCUGGCACCCCCGCCGACGCUCCGGGCCCUUUGACCGCGGUCGCGCCGCGCGAGGAGCCGCGGAGCGUGGAGAAGGCGCGGCCGGCGACGGCGCCGGUCGCGCUCUGGACGCCGCGGAUGGACGUGGAGCGCACGGACGCCGGCGUGGUGGUGCGCGUGGACGUCCCCGGAAUGGACCGGGGCGCGAUCAAGGUGUCGCUGUCGCCUGACAACAGGUUCCUGACGCUGUCGGGCCGGCGCGAGAGCGAGGCCCGCGGGGAGCGCGGGUACUACGAGCGGUCGACGGGGUUCUUCGAGCGCUCGCUGCGCCUCCCGCGCGGCGUGCAGCGGGACGGCGUCAGCGCCAAGUGCGCGGACGGCGUGCUCACGGUGAACGUCCCGCUGGCCGCGGAGCCCGAGGCCGAGGCGAUGGAGAUCGAAGUGCAGUAA